AUACAAACACUUUUGAAUUCACUGUAAUGUUUUUAAUGUAAAAUAUAAAAAAUGAGCAAGGUAUAUUGUACGUAUGUUAAAUUUCCAUCGCACCGUUUUACAUAAAUCAUUUCGGACGUAUUUAAUUUUGUCGUUGGUUUGAUUUGUUAAUCAAACAACGAGCCUGUUAAUUUUCCGCGUAACGUUCUAACGUGUAAUAUCGCUCGCCCCACACACAUGAAGACGACACGUCGAUAUUGUUUUCGUUGUUACUGCAUUCGUUGCUUUUGCUGUUGACUUUAUCCGUACGAUUGAAUAACAGAACCGAUCGUCGCUGACACCAUGGCAUCACCUGACGCAGUCAUUGAGACGAAAUCUGAUGUCCAAGUCCCGGAUCAUGAUGUUGAACAUUCUCCUUUCACGGAAUUACAUGAACAGUUUAUGCAAACUUUGGACAAUCUAGACAACAACCAAUUAAACACCCAGUUGACGUCACAUGCCCUGCCUUUGGGUUCCAAGACAUUUUGUGAUAUUCUGGCAUCGUUACAAACGCUGGUACUAACUCAAAACAAAAAGGAUGAUGGAGAGGGUUUUGAAGAAAGCGCUCUUCCUGUUCUUCAAGACCUGGAUAAAUUCAGUUUGACAUCAUAUUCGUUAAGCUAUUACAUAAGUCACUGUUUACCUAAUGAACAGACUGUGCCCGUAUUGUCUUUGGUCAAUAAGUCUACAACUAUGUGGAUAUCAAAAUUAUUUCAAUUUUCAAACUGUGGGGCAUUUUAUACAGAAAAUAUGUUGUUGAGCUAUGAAAGAGUGAUACUGCUUGCUUUGCACCGCAUGUUUGGUGCAGAAUUCCUUCAUCUAUCCGAAUUGCCCAUAGUUUAUUGCACCCCAGAUCCAGUAUUGGUUGGUACAAUAAAGAGAACUGCCUUACAAAUUGGAAUGAAAGAAAACUGUGUACAAAUCAUACCAUGCCUAUCAAAUGUGUUAUGUCCGUAUAAAGCAGACUUAGGAGCAUUAGAAGCUAUCAUCAAAACUGAUAUUGAUAACCAUAAAAAACCUCUUAUUGUUUUUGCAAGAGCAGGUGCACACGUUACUGGUCAGAUGGAUGAUAUUGUAAGCCUCAAAGAAUUAUGCAAUAAACACAAUAUUUGGUUACACUUAUCUGGUGAUAAUUUAUCUGGAUUGGCCUUGACAACAUUUAAAACAAAAAGUUCUAAUCUGGCUGAUAGUAUGACAUUAACUCCUAGCAUUUGGUUGAAUAUUUCUGCACUGCCUGUUAUUACUUUAUUUGAUAAACAAUAUACAAGCACAGAAAUAUUAAAUAUUUACAAGAGUAAAUGUUUACCUAUUUGGACGUGUUUUCAAGCUUUAGGACAUGAUGCGCUAGUGCUAAGGAUACAACAAAAAUUUGAAAUUUGUCAGCGUAUAUAUAGUUUGGUUAAACGUUAUGACUGUUUGAGGAUUUUGUGUGAAACUAAUGACCGUAACAGCGAAAAUGAGGAAACAGUUGCUGAUAUUAUUGCCAAUCAAGAAAAUAUUCCAGAUUUAUUACACAACUUAUCGAGUUGUCUUGUUAUCCAAUUCGUACCAAAAGACUGUAACCAAAGAGUUUCUCCUUAUUAUGAUAAACUAAAUUCUUGGUUAGGUCAAGUGUUAGAACGAGAAAUUCCAGAAGCACCUUUAGAAUUGUGUGAAAUUGAGUCCCUCGGUGUUGUAGUAACGUUUUCACCUUUCACUGUUUUAAAUUCACUAGUAACAGAAGAUGAUUGGGAAACGUUUAGCAUUUGUUUGGAUCAACAUAUUGAAAUUUUGCUAGCUACAGUUGAUUAUAAAGAAAAACUGACAGCGCUAAUAGCCAAUUUACCAUCACUGGAAUAUGUCGAAAUCGAUGACUGGGCAGGACUUGGUGCUGUAAGGUAUGUGCCACAACUGUGGCAAUCGUCUGACCAGCAAUUGGCCACUGAUCAGGCUAAACAAGAUUUAAAUCGACUAAAUGUACGCAUCGUACAACAGCUUCGUUCUAUUGACGCUGCAUUUUCAUUAGGUGAAGGAAGUGACGGAUUGGCCUGUGUUCGUUUUGGUAUGGUCACAGCUGACACAGAUGUAGCUGAAUUGUUGUCUCUGGUCCAAAGUACUGGGCGUAAAGAAGAAGAGUCAACCAAAUAUAUUGAUUCGAUGGCCGAACUUGUGAAAAAAGGUAUAGAGACUGCAACUGUAGAUUUGAAAAAAGAAACUGAAGAAAAGAUAUGGCAAGAAGGUAUUUUAAGACACGUACCAGUUUUUGGCAACAUAGUUAACUGGUGGUCUCCGCCGGCAAAAAAUGCAGUGAAAGGUCGAUGGUUAGAUUUGGAGGCAGGUGUGGUUCGAUCUACUGAAGUAAUAUAUGAAAAGAAGGCUCAGAUAGAAGAAUCUGAGGGCAAUGAAAAUGUAACUGUUGCGGCUGAUGAUGUGCCAAUGGAGUAAAAGCAGCUUAUACAUGUAUUAUUAAGUUUACUGCUAUACAUUUUUAUUUUAUUUUUUUGAGUAUUUAUUUUCAUUAAUCGAGUUCUUGCUCAUAAGAAUUUAAUAGUUACUAAAAGAUAUUUAUUUCAAUAUGAAUUUUAAAAAAACUUAUUUAUUCAUAUUUUGGUAGAAUUUUUAGUUUGUUGGAAUUUUCAACUGUUCUUAUUAUUAUUAUUUUUUUUUUAUAAUAUGUAUAUUAUUAUAUAUUUUAAUAUUUAUUUUACUAAAAUUGUUUAAUCAUAAUAAAGUACUAUGUGGUAUUUA